CAGAUUCCUAUCAAUAAAAUUAUACAGUUAAUUUAAAUGAAAUUUUUAGUUUAUUUACAAGAAGCAAUGUAGUAUAUAUUUGCUAUGCUUUCUAAUGUCUGAUUCAGUGAGUGUAGACUAUGCCAUUGUUCUCAUUUGGCUAGCGAUUUGUUCUGUGUACACAACUUUACUAGCAAUCACUGCGCUCGGUGUUGUGUUUGUCUUUAGAAAGCGCAGAUCGUCGAUACUGAAGAGUCAGCGUCCUGCCCGCACACCCUUCUCGGAGCUUGAGUUCAAUGUUGCCACUCCGACUGAUACCGCCAAGAGCCGAAGAGUCAGUUUUUCUAGAAGAACUGGUGUUGCCGAAUUCGUAACAAACGAAGCGACGACAACUUGGAAGAAUUUUUACGAGGAACAUAACAAGUCUUUAGAGUCGUCCAGUAACGACUCUGAAGCCAACGCGUCUAGGCAGCCUGUAGGACAUCUAGGGAAACGUAUCUUUGACCAACAAUUCGAAGAGUUUGAGGCAGUCGAUUUCAUUAGUAACGUGAAUCCCUCACACAUUUCUAAUGGCUCCUUAAACAGUAUAAAUUUCACCCAACAAUUUGCUUCUCUCGACUGUACAUCUGACACGAAGCCUACAGCUCCACAAAACCAAUUUGAUUUAAGCACUUUCACAGAACAACAGAGUAAAAUAUUUGGAAAUGAAUUCAUCGCGUCCGCCAUCGGUGAGAACUCCGGUCGUAUCGAUGUUAAUUUCUCAAAUAUACAGGAGAUAGGUGGUAAAGACGAUUUGGAUGAGAUUGAGAAGGAUUUGGAAAGGGGACCUAGUAGUUUGGGGUGUCACGGGCCUUUUGCCAGUCGACAGAGUUUGUCAGAGUACAUAGAAGUCGAUUUAAACAUGACACACGUAGCUCGUAACGAUGAGGACAUGUCUAUCACCGAUACUAUUCAUAGUCCCGUCCAAGAUGUUUCCAAAAGUACGUCUAUAGAUAAGAAAGUUAGUCUGAAUCCUGAUUGGGUGGCUGAUAAAGAGAAUAUAGCGGUUAACCCAUACGUAACGCCUUGCGAAGCGGACAAUUUCGCUGUCCACGAAGAGCCGAAUCAAGUUCUUGUUUUUGACGGUAAACGGUUGACUUUGCAGCCGGAUAAACCAGUACCAGAUACUGAGAAGAAUUAUAGACAGACUCUUUUGCCGUCAACCUCUUUUGAGACGCCUCAGAGAAAGACUAUUGUGUUGAAUGUAAACGAUGAUCUCCCUAAUUUUGUAGAUGAUAUGCUAAACUCGAAAUGUGAGAGCUCUGCGUUCGUUAGUAGGGAUGGUGGAUCUACUUCGUUCGCUGUUGAUGUUCCAAAGAAAGUUCUAGACACGACUGGUAAUAUAUCUAUGACCCAAGCUCUACCUACAAAUAUUAUAAGUGAUACUGCUGUUACUAAUGAAGAUUCAAGUAAGCGAAGAACGAUAGUUUUUAAUGAAAGUAUGGGCAAUAUAUCUGUAACCCAAUCUUUACCAGGGAAACUGUUUUGCAACCCUGUCCCGAGCGAGAGACGUCGCACUGUGGUUUAUGAAAAUGAUACAGGUAACAUAUCGAUCACACAAGCUGUUCCUACUAACAUACUAGUUGGAGAAACUUCGAAUAAAGAAAAAAGAAAAACAAUUGUUUUUGAGGAUGAACAAGCAGACAUAUCAAUGACACAAGCUUUGCCUAGUAACGUCAUUCUUGCUGAAAAUACGAAAGAAAAGAGAAAAACUAUUGUUUUUGAGGAUGAUCAAGCUAACAUAUCAAUGACACAAGCUUUGCCUAACAACGUCAUCUUGGGCAAUAACAUGGGCGAAAAGAGAAAGACGAUAGUCUUUGAAGAUGAACAAGCUAAUAUAUCGGUCACACAGGCGUUGCCCAGUAACGUCAUUUUAGAUAAUAACACUAAAGAAAAGAGAAAGACAAUAGUUUUUGAGGAUGAACAAGCCAACAUAUCUGUUACUCAGGCGUUGCCUAAUAACGUCAUCAUGGGCGAAAAUACUAAAGAAAAGAGAAAGACUAUAGUCUUUGAGGAUGAACAAGCCAACAUAUCGGUGACACAGGCUUUGCCCAGUAACGUCGUCUUGGGCAUUAACACGGGCGAAAAGAGAAAGACGAUAGUCUUUGAGGAUGAGCAAGCCAACAUAUCAGUCACACAGGCGUUGCCAAGUAACGUCAUUUUAGAUAAUAACACUAAAGAAAAGAGAAAGACUAUAGUCUUUGAGGAUGAACAGGCAAACAUAUCUGUCACACAGGCGUUGCCUAGUAACGUCAUUUUAGAUAAUAACACUAAAGAAAAGAGAAAGACGAUAGUCUUUGAGGAUGAACAAGCAAACAUAUCUGUCACACAGGCGUUGCCCAGCAACGUCAUUUUAGAUAAUAACACGAAAGAAAAGAGAAAGACUAUAGUUUUCAAUGAUGAUGCUGGUAAUGUAUCUAUAACACAAGCUUUGCCUGCCAAUAUAAUGUUGCCUGAAAAGCCGUCGCAGGAACGACGUCGCACCAUCAUAUAUGAAGACGGUGUCAGCAAUAUCUCAGUCACACAAGCUUUACCGACGAAUCUAAUCCUCGAGCAAGCAAACCCAGUAACCGAGAGAAGGCGCACAGUCGUCUACGGCAACGAAACUGGCAACAUUUCCAUUACACAACUACAUUCGAACGUAAUUCUAGAACGAGUUGAGAUUACAGAUCAAUUUAAUUUCUUUAGCAACACUCAUUCCCCACCUAGGGAUGGCGAUAAAAGAAGAAGGACAAUAGUGUACGAGAAUGAUACUGGCAACAUUUCUAUAACGCAAGCGAUUCCCACCCCUAUUAUUGCGGGGAGUAGCGAGGAGAGUUGCAAGACAAGUAGCGAUGAUAUUUCUUUAAGCAAGUUACUAGAGAAUCCAAACCUUGAUGAUGUGUCGAUGACUGAAACUGUCUCCUCAAAUAUACUCGAUGAUGCGGCAGACAAGAAGAAAUCUGAUGUCUUAAAUGACGAUGAAACUGAUAUGACGCUAGCUCUAUCUACCAAUGUCUUUCUUCUAGACAAAUUGGAUUCGGCAAUCGAACAGAGUGUCAAACUACCUGAGAUAGUCGAAGAAGUGGGCGAAAUUGUGAUUAAUUAUGACACGUACGAAGAAAUGCCUGCAAAGGAAGAAACGACUUUAGAUAGCAAAAAGACUGUAGAUGAAAUGCCCAUAAUGAAAGUUGAACCGACAGUAGAAACACAGGAAGAAAUUAAAGAAUCUAUUGAACAAGGUCAUGAUGAUAGCUCUAAAAUACCUACAACAAAACCUAUACCACCAGAAUUGGUUGAUAUCGAGAAAGAAAUGAUUGACAAAUCAAAGUGCGCGGACGUUCUGGAAGCAGAGAAUUUGACCAAUCAGCGCCCAGAUGUCAUAGUGUACCAAACGGCGACAGCCAAUGUCGCGCCGCCGGCUUUAACUGAACAAGGGGAUUUGAAAAGUCAAUCUGUUAAUAGUGUUACGGACGCCAAAGUAGUAACUUCUGAUAUUAAAGUUCAAGAAGCUUCAGAUAAUAAAGUAGAAGCUUCAGAUAUUAAAGUAGAAGCUUCUGAUAAUAAAGUAGAAGCUUCAGAUAAUAAAGUAGAAGCUUCAGAUAAUAAAGUAGAAGCUUCAGAUACUAAAGUAGAAGCUUCAGAUAAUAAAAUAGAAGCUUCUGAUAAUAAAGUAGAAGCUUCAGAUAAUAAGGACUGUCCAGAAUUGUCUGUCGAAGAGUUGGGUAGUGAGGAUGUCUCGCUGGUGCACCCAAGAGUGGACGAACGUAGCGACCAGUUAGUUCUCAAAACGGGUACGGAGAUAGUGUCUGCAAUGGAUGUUGACGAGAAACCGGUUGAUGUCCCUGAAAGUGAACCAAGUGAAGAGGUGAAAGAAACAGUAAAAAUCGAGAGCAAGAAUACUGUACUUGAUGCUCUACUCGAUAUGUCCAUUGUUGAUGAAACUGGAACAGAGGACAAGGAACUAAUGCCUUUAGAGUCCACGCAUACAGUUUCGGAAAAGAAGAGUGAUAAGGCCAGUAAUAUUUCUAGUGAAAGCAUGUUUUAUGUAACGAAAGACAGCGAGGAUGACGCACAGACGGACAAAGAAGAGAAUAGAGUUAGAGAAAGAAGUGACUCUAUCUCUUCUCUUAAAGACAAAGAAGAUGACGUAGAAAUUAAUACACUUGAGAAGAAAAUAGAAGAACUAAAAACGUCUGUGACAGAAAUGAAAGAAUCGUCUGUGAUAAACCAGUUUUACGAAAGAGUCAUCAAUUCGGAUCUCCAAUAUGCUGUCAGAGAAGAGGAGAAGUCGAAAUUACGGGAACGCGGUGAGAUAUUCAAAAAAGCUAAUGAUACUAAGGAGUUGCUCGAUAUGAUAUCUGAUUUCACUGAGAAGGACGAGGAUGAGUAUCAGCCGGUUGUCAUGAAAGUCAAGGGUCAGCCUUCUGUAGAGGAGAAGAGUGAGGUGGUGAAGCCCAAAAGGCUGAGUUUUGCUCCAAAGCGACAGUCCAUAGUACUGAGCAGAGAAGAUUUGUUAAAUAACAUAUCUAUGGCUCAGGCAGCGCUGCAGAAGUCCAGGUUAGCGCUUGAUGACAGCGAAUGUGAUGAUACUAAAGACUCCUCAACCGCCUCCUCUAAAAAAGCUGAUCACACAGCCAAUGAAGUCGUGAAAACUCUUCACUUUGACGACGAAUCCUUAAGCGAAAACGAUUUCAAGUCAGACACAAAAUACUCUCCUCUAAAGAAAACCGCUUUCGGUGAAACUUCGUAUAUGAUUGAGAGUAAAGCUAAAGUCAUACCGACUUACCUCAAAGAUGUUUCUGAUGGUAUAAAGGAACUCAUGCUAGAUCUAGUGAAGCCUAUGGCCUAUGAUAAUGUACCAUUUGACAGCGGAGUCGUUAAGAAGAAUCCUUCUACUCAAAGCACGCAGAUACAGGCAAAUUUGGUCACAUCCAGCCAAGUGGAUAUCGAUUCCGAGUUAGAUUCGUACCCCGAAUCGAAUUACGAAUCGGAUAAAAUGAGCUCGUUAGCUGGCCAUACUCUGAAUAAAUCGAGAUCUCGUUCGUUUAGGAGUCCGAUGAAGUUCACGUCUAAUUCUUCUGAGAAAUCUUCUGAGUUUGAGGUUCCUAGUCCGCGACAGAGGUAUCAUCGUCAGCCUGUAGAACAACCGAUUUCUUCGCAAGUGCUUGUAUUCGACCACUUGAAUCCCUUAAACAACAUUCUGCUUAGCUCAAUCGAUUAUUGCGAAGCCCACAAGUAUAAUCCUAAGAAAUCUGACGACACGUUAUGCGGCUCUGACCCCAGUCGUUCCGCGUUGAUUCACUUCGAAGAAGACCGUAAGAACGAAGCAGUUACGACUCAAUAUUGCGUGCAGUCGAGGCAGUAUGCGAUGCAAGGAGACAGCGGUAAGGAAGAUUCUAGUAUGCGGUCUAGUAACAGCAGGCCGAUCUCAACCGACCAGUCGAUUGACGCUCUGAGACUUCACGUCAAAGAUAAUGAAGCCAACACACUAAUCGCUAUGAAAGGAAACAAAGAGUUACUCGAAGCUAGUUCCUCUCUCACUUUAGUAGAUGACGCUCUCACUCCGCGGUAUUACGGCGAUAUAAACAGCCGUAGCACAAUAUAUUCGCUCGAACCGACAGCUUGUCGCAAGAAAAAAUCUCCCUCUAAAGCAGAGACAGAGAAAAUAGACCCAACAGACUAUAUGCAGCAUUCGCCGCUGUGUGCUAAAGCCAAAAAGCGUAUAUACAGCCCGAACGACAGAGAGAAAUAUAAAAAUACGCAAUCUUCUCUCGAUGUCACGCCUAAACCGAGUACGAAAAUGCAAAAGAUUUCAAUGUCUCCUAAAACUUGUAAAGUCCACAUACAUGAGGACAUUAGACAUUUGGCUGCGGAGAAAGACAUUACAGAUCUGCCUGAGAGACAAGGGAACACCUCCAGGGGUAUUGAGAAACGGUCCCCUAAAAAAGAGAAGAAGUCACCCGCGAAUAUAACUGUCCAACAGUUGAUCACUGAGUAUCAUACAGUGGAUUCUGGGAUCGACAAACACCUGCUAGAUGCUCUAAUACCCAAGUCCGAAUGUUCGAAAGAACCUUCCCAAUCGGAUGUGAUAGACACUAAUAGUUUAGGAAUGGUCAGUUCAUUCACAAGUAGUAAGAAUUUGAAUGCGGUAGACGUGUAUAGUUCUUCCACGACGCAAUCUUCGCAGUUUUGCCAUGAGAUGAAGGGUGGCAAGAUGGAGUGGCAUCCGGAGCUGAUCAGCGCUAUGAGUCUGAAUCCGAGCGAAAUUGAUUCUGGAGUCAAUGUUGUCGCCAAGAUCGAUAUGUUGCCGUUUAUGGGGAGUCAUGAAUGCGAAUGGGAGUCUUCAUCGCCGGACACCUGGUCGUUCCGUCUCCUGCACGGGCGGCUGCGGCUGACGGCCCGCCUGGCGCACCGGCUCGACAACGCCACCCGGACCAGGGUGCGCGGCGACACGCCCGUGCUGGACAUCAAUGUGGAGACCGUGCAGCAGGACAAGAAGAACCCAGUAGCAUCGAUGUGCGUUCGCUUCGCGUGUGAAACAAUGCGCUACAUGGUGUCGCGCGCGUGUCGCGGGCCGUGUUGCGUGGCGUCAGACAUUCCCCCGCUGUUGCGUCGCUGCGCCGCUGUCGCGCGCGUCGCGUUGCGCUGGGGACGCGCCAUGCAUGACGCCAAGCUACAUCUCGCUUAUACUAUGGAUAAUGAAGGGUACUUGACGCUGAAGGUGGCGAACGUCCCCCUGCGGUCGGUGUGGGAGGUGUCGAUGCGCGUGGAGCUAGUUGUGGACGACGGGCGGGCGGCGCCGUGGCCGCGCGCGGGCGCCGUGCGCGUGGCGCGCGUCGUGUCCGACGUGCCCGUGCACGAGCACGAGCUGCGCCGCGCGCUCGCACACACGCCGCGCGACUGGGGACACGCGCCCAGGACUAUCUGGCGCAUGUUCAGAUACCUGAAGCACAAGACGCGAGACGACGAACUCCUGCUAGCGUAACAGACACCGCACGUAUACAGUAUUAUUCUCAAUAUACUGGCCUCAUAACCAACACAGCAAUAGAACACUAUUUACCAUUUAUCCUUUACUAGC